AUGUCAGAUAAUGUGAAUAUAACGCUGAAAAAUGUUGUGACUGUUACCGACGGAAAUUCAAAAAAUUGCGGUGUCGCCCAAGAAGUUGAUGAUAUUAGAGAAGUUUUAAAAAGUGAACACAACAAGUAUCUAAAAUAUAAAAUAAUAAACGACACAAUUCAGGAACUGAUUGGUGAAAAUUCUAGUUUAGACAGUGAGCUAAAAGCUAAAGCUAAAGAGAUAUUAUUGAAUUCUCAAUGUUCACAAUCUGUAAUUAUAGAUAAAAACAGUACAGACAAAGGCUGCCAUACAGUAUUUGGAAUUGGUGAUUCAAGUGUAGAAUUAACAUAUUUUGAAAGAGACUCAUUAAAAAACUCCUUGGAACGCAGAUUAAGUGAAAAAUGUAUCCACUUGGAUUUUAGUCUUUCAGAGAACAAUUUAAAUUCCAAAAAAUGCCCUACAUUUCAGCUUGUUGAAGACGACCAGAUAUUAAUCGAUCUUAAAGAAAAGUUAAAAAACGAACAAAAAUUGUAUAUUGAAAACUUAUUUAAGAAACAUGAAAUAUUGAAUGAAAUAAAAAAUUUAAGGCUAACUGAGCUUCCCAAAAUUGUUGAUGAAAAACAUACAGAAAGUGUAAGUCUUUGUAAAAUGAAUGAAGUCAAAUCAGAAAUUCUCUUCAAGAAAGUUCGGGUGGAUAUUUUUUCAGAGAGUAAUAUAUCCUUGGAAGCCUAUAAACAAUUUAUUGCCGACCUGAAAAAUCAACAGAAGGAAUGCCAAAUGGAAAUUGAUGAUAUACUGGAUCUCAAAGAAAAAUACAAGAUUGUUGCUUGCAAGCAGUAUAAUGACAUUUUAAAAUCAUAUUUGCAAUACAGGGCAUCAAACGAGAAGAAAAAAAUGUUAUAUGACUGCAUGAUUUGA